CGAAUGCAUGAAGCAAAACAAAACGAAGAGCAACAAUAUUCUUAACAUAACCUCUUCUCAUAUUAAUUACUGUUUAUCCGAACGGAGUGUGCUACAACCGAAUUUUACCAGUUGAUGUCUAUCUGUGAUUACUUCAAAAUUACACUAAAUGGCAGUGUAUCACGACGAGGUUGAAAUAGAAGACUUCGAGUACGACGAAGAGGAAGAGAUGUACUACUAUCCGUGUCCAUGCGGAGAUCGAUUUGAGAUUAGUCGGGAAGAACUGGUCGCCGGGGAGGAAGUAGCUACGUGCCCAAGUUGUUCACUAAUUGUUAAAGUUAUUUACGACCGUGAGGCUUUUCAGGCCGAACAAGACGAGGUGGAACCAGUGAAGGGUGAUAGAGAUAAAGAAAUCGCUGGUGAGUAGAAAUAGAAUCCUGUAAACGAUAAAGAUAAAUUUCGAUAGUUUAGGAACGAAUUUGUAAAUAUAAACUAGCAAACAAUGAAUUGGAUGUUAUUUCUUUUAAAGUAAUUGCCACAACAAUAGAAGUGUUCGAUAAAAGAAUGCUUAAAAAUAUACCAUUUAUUUAAGAAAAUGCUCGAAACAAUAAGACGCCCUAAUUAUUCGUCCAUCGACUUAUUUGGACAGAUUAUACAUUAAAAGUAAAACGUAGUGGCACAACGAAAAACGUAAUAAAAUCAAAUUAUAGACAAUAUGCACGUUUCUCAUUACCUCCGGUGGCUUCGAGUGAUUGGUCUGAAACUCACUAAAAUAAAAUAGAAUUAGAGUAAAUAUUAUAG